AUGGGUAGAGCGCAUUCUCAGCUUUGCCAUCCAGUCACUGCCGCCAUCAACGAACUGACAGAGGAACUUAUCAGACAUUAUGAAAUGCAGUCAUGUAUUCCCAUCGAGUUUCUCGAACCCAAUUGCCUAAUCUAUACGGCACACGGUGGACUGAGCGCAAGACAGCGAGCGACCAUACGUGCUCUGGUGAAUUAUGCGUUUCUUCGCGCGGUACACAUUAGGCAAACGUCGAGUGUCUUGCUUCUGAAUGGACCACCAGCUAUCUCUGACCUAUCUUCGAGCAUAACACAUGGGGAUACCACAGGCUUGGUGGAACAUGGUAAUGGGACAGGAACUGGAUACAAAGUUCGGAAUGAACUCACAGAUUCACGCGGAGUUCAGUUGAGCUCUUUCGCCUUGAUUAGCCGGGUGAAAAAAAUCCAGGUGGACAAACUUCCCACGUGUCCAGUGUGUCUGGUCGACUACCAGGAGAAUGAUCUCAUCAUCACCCUACCGUGCUUCCAUGUGUACCACAAGGCGUGUACAGGACCGUGGCUCAAAUCGGAUGAAGGUUGCGCAAUGUGUCGUCUUUCUCCGCUAGACUUGAUUCACAAUACUAAAGCACUUCUCGCCCAAGUUGCGGAGGAAAAACGGCUAGCCACCAGGGCUUUAGGACUUCACAUCCAAGUUGUCUCUCCCAAACGGGAAUUAACUAAUCAGCCGAACGAUUUUGUGUUCAACAUCAAUGCUUCACUGCCGUACAAAAGUGAUUUAUUUGAAAGCCUCAUUGUAAAGAAAAGAGGAAAGACAUUCACUCAGGCAAUCUGGACAGAAACUGACAACAGGAACGCCACUGACAUCGGUGGGCAGCCAUUUCUUGUAGUGUAUCCAACCAGGCACAGUGAGGAUCACGCGGUCCCCAUCCUGGAAGGCGAGUAG